GCUGAAAACGAGCGUUUUGAAUAGCUGUGGCCGGUACGACAACGGUUAAGAGUACCGUACGUUACGUUCGUACCGUAAUGGACGAGAGAGUUUGUUCAAAAAUACYGURRAAAGUAAAAAAUAUCCUGAAGCAUUACAGCAUUCCUACCGGUAAUAUUUUGCAUGAUGGAUGAAUUGAGGUUCAUCCUUUGUUGCAGUUCUCAUCGGAACAAAAUAAGUCGCCGUUAGAUCUCGAUAUCUUUUUGACUCGUCCCACUGAUAAGAUCAAUUAUCGAGAGAAUAUAGGAAAAAUUCAAAGAUGAGCGACGACAGCAAGGAUCCUCAAGARCAGUUUAAGGAGCUUAUCAAAAGCGGAGUUAGCGCCGCCAAUAACGGGCUUCGUCUAGCACAAACAACUUUUCUGAACUUUAAAGAACCAAUAUCGUCGACUCUUCAAUCUAUUGAAGAGAACGGAGCUGUGGCUUCGAAAAAUGCCAAGACAAUUUACAUGAAACGCAAACAAUAUGCACCCGAAAUUAUGGGUGGCACUGCAGUAGCCACUGGUGGAUAUUUAUGGCUUCGACGAGGACGGAUCGCAGGCGUAUUUGGAGCUGUCAUUGGCGCAGGAGCUGCCUAUUCAAUUGUGUAUGAUGAAUUUCCAACGGAAUUUGUCGACCUUCCGAACGUUAUCUUUGGUAAGAAAGAUGAAUAAUGGGUGGGUCAUAUUUUAUCAAAAAUCCACGCUAGAUUGAACGAACAAACAACGAACCAUGCAUGUUUUCGUGAUUAAAACAAACUAGUCUGCCUACAAAAUAUAAUGCAAUCGCAAAUUAGAUUACUUAUACACCAAGGUUCCAACAUUUCUUCUGCACUUGAUAGCGAUGUUUAGUUUGCAAAAAGAUUUUUCAAAUGAGUUCGGAAUCAUAAUCUUCUAUUUAUUCAUAAAUUCGCAUGGAUAGUUGUUACAUUCGACUUGAUACAAAAUAACCGUCAUCCAAUAUCAAAAGUUUGGAUGAAGAAAAAAACAAUUACGUCGUGAUUCCCUUUUGGUUCUGGAUCCCUCCUAUGAUAUUGUCCCACCACUCUCCAAUUCCAGCCCCUACCGGUGUUUCUUUUUUGAAAAUCUUCCCCCUUGGUUUGCGGAUUGGUAUCAAACCACUUUCGAAUUURUUUCGCAAGUCGUAAAGGAAUUCGAGUCCUGCUCGUUCCGCUUCCGUCAGUUCGGGAUGCCAGAAAUCGAUAAUUAGGACAUAGCGAUCUUCGUGGGUAGGGUUCCCAGUGGAAUGGACGAACGAUGUAUCCAGCGUUGUCAAACGAUUUUCUUUCCAACUUGUUCGUUCCUUUGCAUUCUCUAUCCAGCAGCCCUCGGGUAUUUUCAAUCCAAGAUGGGAAGUCAAAAUAAAAUUUCGGCCGUCACUAUGUGGUUUUACACCUGAACCCGGUGCCUGUCGAGCAAAGCAUACCCCUCUAACUGCCAAUGGAAUGUCUAGUUCUUUUAAUAACUCGUAUGUUUUUGGAAAUUCCUUGCAGUUCUCUAAAUUCCAUGCUCCAAGUCUUUGUAACCGAAUCGCUGACCACCCGCCACCCAUCACACUGUUCUGAAGACUGCUGUCCCCUGAAAAUAAAUUUGUAUCACCAGU